CGUCGCCGUUGUUCUUCUUACUGCUGCUGUCCAUCGCCCGCUCAAGAUCUUCGUCUGUUAUUCAUGCUCCAUCCCCUUUCCUCAUUCGCCAAUCUUCAGCUUCUUCGUCGUGCUCGUUGAGUCGGUGUGCUCCAACCCCUCUUCCUGCUCACUCGCGCUUCGGCCGCCGUCCCUCAUCGUACUCAUCACCUGGUCGCCGUCGUCUGUCGCGCCGGUCCUCUCUCCAUCAAAUUUAGGGUUACUAACGGAUUUAUUUUCUGAUUUGACAAUUUGAUGCAGCAAUCGGGUUUAAUGUUGAAAUGGUCAACAUUAAAUUUCAAGUUUGGGAUUUAGCUCUAGAGGUUAUGCCAAUGUUCCAUGGACAAAGGAAGAUAAAGUUAAGGUCUCGCUGGUUAUGUUUGGUGGCUCUGAAAAGUAUGUCUCUGCUUUGUAUGUUGCAGCAGUGAAAGCUAAUUCAGCCAAAAAGAUCGAGUUUGAGAUCUUUCAUUUUUCAGUUUAUUAAGUUUUUUUGGUUAAACAAGGGUUAGAUCAGUUGGACCAGUAAAUCAGUGAACCAAGACUAAAGUGGUUCAAUGACCGGUCCGGUUUUCAAACCUUGCUCCCUCAGUCCUCUCCCAGCCCCUCUCUGGGUCACUGCACUGCUGCCUGCUUGAGUACCUGCCUCUGCCUUACUCUUCCGCGGUGCCGCUGGCCGCCGCCUCUACCUCGCUGCUGCAUUGCUGCCUGCCUCUGCCUUGCUCUUCUGCGACGCCACUGCCCCUGCUUCUCUCUGCCCGAAGCCAGCCAUCUCAGCCUUUAAGGGAAACACAACUGCACAAGUUCCUUUCUUCUUCGUAGCUCGCAGCCGCCGCUCCUGCAACUUCUUGUUUACACGUGCUGCCGUCAACACCAUUGUCAGCCACUGGAAUCAAAAGUCCCCAUUAAAACCCUACUCCAAAGAUGCAGCAUGAUGAGGUUAUAUGGCACGUUAUUAGGCACAACCAUUGUAGUUUCAUGGCCAAAAUUACGACGGGGAAUUUUUGUAGAAAUCCUUACAAUGUUACUGGACUUUGCAAUCGAAGCUCGUGCCCCUUAGCUAACAGUCGCUAUGCUACUAUACGAGAGGAAAAUGGUGUGUUUUACCUUUACAUGAAAACUAUAGAAAGAGCUCAUGCGUGUUUUUAUAUGUAUUGGCCUAAGCUUCUUAUACACAAAACAAAGCAACGAUUGACCAAAAUGACCCAGAUGCGGAUACGUAUGAGGAAACUUGCGUUGAAGACAAGGGAGAAAAUAAUGACAACUCCAAGGAAGGAGAUAAAGAGAGAGGCUAGAAGAGAAGAGAAGGCUGAAAAGGCAGCUUUGUUAGAAAAGUCUAUUGAGAAAGAGCUACUGGAGCGCCUUCAAAAAGGAGUUUAUCAACAAAGUGACAUUUACAAUUAUCCUAUUGAACAAUACAAUAAAGUUCUUGAUAUGGACAACCUUCAACCUGCUGAGGAAGAGGAGGAGGAAGCAGAGAUAGAGUAUGUGGAAGGUUAUGAUGAACUUGAAGAGGAAGAUGAUAUGGAGGAUUUUGUUAAUUUUAGAAUUGAUGAUGCUGGUGGUGAUGACAAUGAUGAAAAUGCUGGAAGCUCUGAAGAUGAAGAGGCAGAAGCAGCUGCUCAGAGAAGGGUAAAACGGAAGAAUAAGUUAGCUUCAAUGAAAUCUGAGAAGGAUUCUGUUGAUCUUAAAUCAAAGAAGGCAAAGGUCCUUGUUGAGGUUGAGCGUGAUGAUGCCGAUGAAAGACAAAGGGAGGUAUCCGUACGGUAGUUGCACUUGGUGACUCGGCACUGGUCAUUGAUAGGAGAGGAAACGAGAGGCGCGAUAGGAGAAACAAAAUUUUGGUUCAGUUUUAUUAGUUUGUUUUGUACCCAGACGAGAAGAAAGCGCAGAAAUUCAUUUUUUUUUUUUAUUUCCAACUUUUGAAGGGCAGUGUUGUCAAAUUUCAUAACACGAGUCUAGGUUGGUUGGAAAUUGGAAUGGUAUGGAGCUUCAGCAUCUCAAUCCAAUGUUGGUCUCCGUUAUAUGACGGAGAGUAAUGAUGUGUACUAAAAUCUUGGAUAACAUGUAACAUGGUGUUCGACUGUUUGCUAUAUUUAGAUCCCUUAAGAAAGCUGAGACUCCUUAAGCUAAGACAUGUUAUAUUUUACUAAUAUGAAUGAAUACAAACUCUCUAUCCAACAAGCAGAAUAUUUAUA